CGGCACCUGCUCCCCGGGCGGCACGGGGGAGAUUCCUGCAGACCCCGGAGCGAGCGGCGGCGCCCCCCCUGCAGCAGGUUAAGGAUGGUAAAUGGGAUGGGUGAUGCCGGCUGCUGGCUCCUGCUCGGACUGUCCCUCCUCCCUAUCUUCGGGCUGGGCUCCCAGGACAAUGGGAAGGUGAUUCGCAUCAACAAGGUCCAGCACCAGCCGCUGCGUGUGGGGCUGGCUGAGCCAGUGGCCCUGCCCUGCCUCUUUUUGCUCCAGCCUUCAGCCUCGCUGGGACCCAAUGAGCCACCAGACCCGCCUCGCAUCAAAUGGAGCAAGGUGCAGGCGGCAUCUGGGCAGAAAGAGGAUGUGCCAGUCCUGGUGGCCAAGGAUAAUGUGGUGAAGGUGGUGAAAGCCUACGAGGGGAGGGUGUCCCUGCCUGGCUACCCCAGCAACCGCUACAACGCCACCCUGGUGAUCAGUGCGGCGCGGGCCAGCGACGCUGGGCUCUACCGCUGCGAGGUGGUGGCCGGUGUCGAUGACGAGCAGGACCUGCUGCCCCUGGAGGUCACGGGCGUGGUGUUCCACUACCGAGCCGCCAGCAACCGCUACGCACUGACCUUCCCCGAGGCCCAGCACACCUGCCGGGAGAACUCUGCCGUCAUUGCCUCCCCGCAUCACCUGCAGGCUGCCUUUGAAGACGGCUAUGACAACUGCGAUGCUGGUUGGCUGGCUGACCAGACUGUCCGAUACCCCAUCACACUCUCCAGGCCUGGCUGCUACGGAGACCGCAGCAGCCUCCCGGGCAUCCGCAGCUACGGGGAGCGGGAAGCCAGCGAAGCCUAUGACGUCUACUGCUACGCCAGGGAGCUCCGAGGGAAAGUGUUCUACGUCUCCACGCCCGGACGGCUGACGUCUCAGGGAGCCAGGAAGCACUGCCAGAGCCACGGGGCCUCGCUAGCCACCACGGGCCAGCUGUACUUAGCCUGGAGGGACGGCUUGGAUCAGUGCGACCCAGGCUGGCUGGCUGACGGAAGCGUCCGCUACCCAAUCAGGACCCCACGUAAAAAAUGUGGCGGAGACGAGCCAGGCGUGAGGACCGUGUACCAGUUCCCCAACCGAACAGGCUUCCCGGACCCAGCCUCCAAGUUUGACGCCUACUGCUACAAAGCGGGUCAGCAGCCGUCCCCAUCACAGAAGAAACCAGACGAGUUGAGGCCUGAGAAAACAGAGGGCAGCCUGGACCGCCGGCAGCCGGAGCAGGAUCUGGAUGGAUGGGAGCCGGCGGGGCCUGACCCUCUGGGCAUUGACAACGUCUUGGUGGAGCAUGCCGAGGCGCGAAACGAGCUGAUUCCCAAGGAGCAUAAGGACCCCAGCAUGUCCGGGGGCUCCAGGGAGAUCACCCGCGAUCGCUACAACCCGCGGCACAAGCUGCUGGGGCCAGUCCUGACAGAGGACGAACAGCUGCAGCUGGUGACGGCUAGUCAGGCCCCCCAGGUGGGAUCCGAGAGGGCAGCAGCCACGAUAGCUCCCGCUCUGGAAGGGGCCGGGGUUCUGGCUGACACUGUGUCUCCAAAACCCUCUUCAGUCUCCUUUCCGGCUGGGCCGGGGGAAGAUCAGUCUCUGAAUAUGGUCGACCAGGCACCAGUGCAUGGGGUGAGCAGCAACCAGGGAGCCCAUGAGCCGCUGGGUUUCACCACAGGCCGCUGGGAGGAGACUCCUGGCCCCAGCCAGCUGUCCUCUGAGGAAAGAGACGCCCCAGCCCUGGGAGAGACCACCGAUGUCUUUCAGCUAACCUGGCACGCUGGCAUCACGCAGGGGCCCCUGUCAGCUGAUCCGCAGCCAAUUUCCCAAAGCCCUGCCCCAGAGCUCCCCCAGGAAGGAGUCGCUAGCACUGUGGUCCAGGAUAGCAUGGGGGCAUCAUCCGCUGCCAACGAGCCCGAGCAGCUGAGCCCUGCUGCUCUGGAUGAACCCAGCCAUCUGCCCCACGGCCCCGAAUCCAUCAAGAAGAGCAUCUCCUCAGGGCUGAAUGGCCGUUACUUCCAGCUGCAGCGCGAGGGACAAGCCCAGGGCAUGGACAGGAACGCUUGGGGGGGCCUCACACCCACCCCUGGCCUGGCGCAGGAGAUGAAAGGCAGAGUGCACAACGCAGUCGAGAUCCUCCCCGCAGCCAAGCCCACUGCCAAGGCCCAUGCAGGGGAAGGCACCUACCCCCUCUCCAAUGAAGUGGAUGGGCAGGCCGAGGGGCAGGUCGGCUACAGUGCAGUAGCCCCAUCUGGCCGUUCACACACACAUGUAGCUGAUGUACAUGCUGUGACAACGUUCCUCCUCUACCUUGAGCAAAGGGGAUCAACACACCCAUGGCACCCGCAGACGGGGACAACCCCAGCGCCCCCCUCGCCAUCCGCUCCCAGCCAGAAAGAACAGCUGCAAUGGACCCUCCACCUGACACCGCCACUCCCCCAGCACAGCAGUCCUUGGGCAGGGCACGCGAUCGAUACCAGCGGGAUGGGAGAGUCACUGAUGGGUACUCAGGGGGUGGCAGAGACAGCAGCCAGCGCAGAGGAAGGAAGACAGGGCUGGAGCUCUGACAGCACCCCAAUGCCGGCAGCCAGUGGACUGUCUCUGUGCCCAGCUGGCACCCUGACCCCAGGAGACACUCUCAGUCCCCUGGAGGAGGCUGCUCUCGACCCGCCGCUCCCCGGCUCCAGCAUCAGAGGCGACUACCCCCAGGCGGGAGGCCUGGGGCUGCCACCCCCUGGGGAGGAUGGGGAGGAUUCCUCUGGGGAGGUCACCUCCAGUGAGGAGGGUGCCACCUCCAUCCUGCCGCUACUUGCCCUCCCCAGGGCCCACCUGCAUGCACUACUCCCCCCCCAUGCUGAGGAGCCAGGAGCGCCCCCCUCCGCGCAUCCCCACCCUGGGGGCAGCGAAGGCAGCGGCGCUGUGGAGUACAGCUUCACGGAGAGGAAGGGCAAAGCCAUGAGCUUUACUGAGAGGCUCAUUUCCUUGACUGGCAGCCCAGCAGCCAGCACUGAGAGCUCCGGCUCCAAGGAUCCCAGGGAGAGAGCUGGCAUGGGCACCCACAGGCCUCUGGGCUUGGAGUCUCUGGAUGAACCCCCGGGCACAGAGGAAAUGCUGCCCAGCCUGCCUGGCCCAGCCUGGGAGCUGAGAGACAAGCAGGCUGAGCUGCAAGGAGAAGGUGCGGUCACUCAUCCCGCCCAGGGGAUUCCAUCCCCAGAACCCACCCGCUCUAACCCUUGGGUGGCACCAGCCAGGCACAGCGAGCGAGCCAGCCGUGAACCUGCCAUGCAGCCCAGCCCAGCCUGGGCAAUGAUAGCCGGCCAGCCGCGGCCACAGGAGCUGGAGGGGGAGGAUGUGUACUUGGCUGCAGCACUGUCCGGGGACGGGUCAGCGGAGCAGACUGUGGGUCCCUCAACACUGCCUUUUGGCACCACCCAGAUCAUGGCUCUGGGCCCCUACAAGCCAGCAGGGACCAACUGGCCGGUGACCAGGAGGGGGCAGAUGGUGGCAGCAGCAGCCAUCAGCCUCCUACAGCCAUCGCUGGCAAUCACGGAGCCUGCCCGCUCCCCCGCACUGGGUCCCACGCUCCCUGGCACAGUUGCUAACCAAGCCCCUGCAGCAGGACCAGCCCAGGCUGCUGUCACAAUUACUGGACUGCCAGGAGCCACCGGCGCCACGGGGCUUGAGAGCUCGCCCUCUGCACCAGCUGCUGCAAGCCACACAGAGCCCAACGCGGAGGAUGUCUCAGGGGAAGCCGAGAGGGAGGAGCCACCGACGCCAUGGGGCUCUGCAGCUGGGCCACCCCAGCUGGAACAAAGGCCAAGGGUGAGCGCCAGCCCUCAGGACCCCCUGCCCAGCUUGCCCACUGACUUGUCCCCGCUGGUUGCUGGGUCCCAGGAGGAAGGCGUCCUGGAGCCCGCCGUGCACACCAGCCAGGCCUUCGAGGAACCCAAGGUGGAGCUGGACGGAUUCAUUCUCCAGCCCGUGAUUGACACGGCCCAAGAGGGCAUUCUGGCCGAGACCCAGGGGCUUUUGCUGGUGGACAGGGAGACUGACAGCGGGAGCGGAGAGGAGCAAGUGCUGCCGUUUGUAGGGGAGAAGGAGAGCCCGGCCUGGAUUGGGGAGGGCAAGGCCAGCACACUGGCUCAGGCCGACCCGUGCGAGACUAACCCCUGCCUGCACGGCGGGACCUGCCAGUCCAACGGAACCGUCUACAGCUGCAGCUGCGACCAGGGCUUCACUGGGGAGAACUGCGAAAUAGAUAUUGACGAUUGCCUAUCCAGCCCGUGUCAAAACGGAGGCACCUGCAUCGACGAGAUAAACUCCUUCGUCUGCCUCUGCCUGCCCAGCUAUGGGGACAGCCUGUGCGAGAAAGACACGGAGGGAUGCGAUCGUGGCUGGCACAAGUUCCAGGGCCACUGCUACCGCUACUUUGCGCACCGGCGCUCCUGGGAGGACGCGGAGCGGGACUGCCGCCGGCGCGCCGGCCACCUGGCCAGCAUCCACUCGCCAGAGGAGCACGGCUUCAUUAACAGCUUUGGGCACGAGAACACUUGGAUUGGGCUCAAUGACCGGAUUGUGGAGCAGGAUUUCCAGUGGACGGAUAACACAGGCCUGCAAUAUGAGAACUGGCGGGAGAACCAGCCCGACAACUUCUUUGCGGGCGGUGAGGACUGCGUGGUGCUGGUGUCCCACGAGAUCGGCAAGUGGAAUGACGUCCCCUGCAACUACAACCUGCCGUACAUCUGCAAGAAAGGCACAGUGCUGUGCGGGUCGCCCCCGGCCGUGGAGAACGCCUUUCCCGUUGGCAAGCAGAAGGAGAAGUACAGUAUCCACUCGACCGUCCGGUACCAGUGCGAGGGUGGCUUCACCCAGAGGCACGUCCCCACCAUCAAGUGCCACAGCAACGGGAAGUGGGACAGACCAAAACUCCUCUGCACAAAACCCAGAAGGUCCCACAGAACCCGGCGCCACCACCACCGCCACCACAACCACCCGCGCCACCACCACAACUCCCGCAAGGAGCGGAGAAAACACAGGAAGCAGCUCCAGUUGGACUGGAUGGAGGAAGAGAACUACUUCUAGAGGCUGGUGACGAGCAAGCACGAGUCCCCUCCCCUCCCUCCCACCCCGGGAUGAGCCAGGCACGUGUGUGUGAUGGGACAGGGCAACUUUUACUGACCCCUCCCCCGGCCCCCUUUUCUAAACUCCUUUGCCUUCAUUCCUUAGGGUGCCCCCAGCUCCCAUCGCCCGUGUGCCUGGGGGGGUACAUGUGUGUGUGUUUGUGUCCGUCUGUGCUUCCACACGGCCUUGACCCUGCUGGUGCUCAGUCCCUCCAGGAGCCACUCAGCACCAUGCAGGGUCCAGUCACUGGGCUCCACCCGUCCUGGCGCCCACUGAGCACAGAGGCCAGGCCAGGCUCCCAGGACGGGUCCAUACUAUCCUAGCACGUCUGUGCAGGGCCUGAUCCUCAGCUAGUGUCAACUGAGGCCACUGUCCACUUCUGUGGCUUUACCCCAAUUCCCACCGGUGUGGGGACGGGGGGCUCUGGCCCGGUUUGGUAUGUCUACACGGGAAAACAACCCCGUGGCAGUGAGUCUCAGAGGCAGGCCUCUGAGACUUACUGCGAAGGGUUGUUGUGGGAACGUAGAUGUACCCGCUGACUCCAGUGGAGCCGGGCGGAUUCACUCCAGCUGGGAUCUGGCCCAUGUUCCCAGGGAGGCAGGACAGACAGUUCCCCUCCCCAUCUCUGGCUCCUCUUCUGGGCAAGACCCCAGUGUGAGUCCUCAUCCCCAAUCCCACUGGCUUUCUGCAGGGACACUCCAGGUUUUUAAUAAACACCCCCCCUUCCUUUUUGCCCCCCCCAAGUAGGCGGUCCCUAUAGUCCCCUCCCUGCCAGGCCCCCUCUUCCACUCCUCCCCCAGUGGCAUCUGUGUUCCAUUCUCUUCCUUUCGGAUCCAGUGGUUUCCUGACUGACUAGAAGUGCAGAAGCCCAGAGCAGGACGCACGCUCACACUCACAGCACUGAAGGUUUCUCAGUAUUCGAAAACGACCGUCCUUACUCAAACCAAGGGCAGUUCCCAUAGGAGCCCAGUGGCUGACAAUCCUUUUCCAGCUUCGGUCCCCCCGACAGACCGGGAAAGCAAAGCGGUCCCAGCCACCGACAGGUUACAACGCAGUGAGCAACUCGGAAUCCUUUCCCUUCCAUCUGCCUUCGUUUCAUUUGCUAUCUCCCUUUCCCCAGGGCAAGAGGCAACGGGUAAAAAACACACCGUAGGAAAGACAAGGGGGAGCAGGCAGCCCUUGAUAUCCAGUAUUGCUCUGCUGUUGGGACACUUCUCAACAGAAAACAAACAGGACCCGUCCGGGGCAGGGUCUGUUCUCGCCUUUCCGUCCCUUCCCCAUUGGGUCUGAUAGCGUAGGCAGCAGCAGGCCCAGUUGCACUUUCUUUCUGUGCUGACAGCCCCCGCCCCAGGAUCCAGGGUCUGCUUUUCGUUUUCUUUGCCAUUUUAAAGCUCUGAUCUUACAAACAUGUGACAUGAGCAAUCCCCUGGGACCAGGCCCUCAGCGGAGCUACGCCAGGUUAUACCAGCCGCAGAUCUGGUCCAUUGACUCCAGUUGAGCUGGGCUGAUUUACAGCAUCUGGAGCUCUGGCCCCAUUGACUUCAGUGGGGCUGCUUGUGUGAGUAACGUUACCCCAGUGCGUAAGGGCUGCUCUCUGCCACCAUCGCUGGAGCUGCCUGGCCGAUUUCAUGGGCCUUGAGCAAUAGGGAAUUGCCCAUGGGGCGAAAUUCAGCUGUGGACGGGGUUGGCACAAGGACUAUGCACCAAUCCAAACGGAGAGUCUCUCGUUUUGGAUGGCAGCAGCUGGAGCCCCCAACUGAGACUGGGCCCCAUUGUGCCGGGUGCUGCACAGCAGAGCUGACCCAGCUCCACACAGCUCACAGCCUGAACAGACAAAGGGCAGGAGAAGCAGAGGCCCUGAGAGGGGAAGUGACUCCCCCGAGGCAGAGACAGGACUGGAACCCACCCUCCCAGUCCCAUCCACUAGACCCCGCUGCCUCUGCCUUACAUCCAAACGAGCUGGACUGAUUCACCCCAAGGGAGGGUGGGUCUGUGCCGGAGCUGGAGGUGUUAUUCCAACUCGCCUGGCUGCACCCGCAUGCACCAGCACCUAGAAAUGGAAGUGUAGCCCUGCGCGUGUCUCCUAGCGCCUCAGCAGGGCUCGUCCUUGGGUCAGCUGGGCCGUCCCGCUGCUCGCACUGCCAGGGCUCAUUGCAAAUGACACCUUCAGCUCCAGAGCAGUGGUAGCCUUGUCCCGGGCGUUUCGCACGGGGAGGGGGCUGAAUUUCCCCCAAGGUUGACAGAAUCGGUCCCAAUGCCUUUGCAGGAUCAUGGCCCUCGCGGUUUGUUUUGGGGUUGGGGUUUUUUUUCUGUUUGUCGUCAUUUACUCGGGUUGAUUUGGUGUGUGCGUGUGUGUGACAGCGCAGCCAGCCGCUUUCCAGUCUCUGCUGUUUGCCAUGUGACCGCAGUGUCCUGUAGCCCCAGCCCCCGUGGCAGUGCUGACACGCUGCGUUUCUGUAUUG